CGCGAGCGCCAAGAUGGGGCGGGCGCUGCUGGGUGCUGCGCUACUGUUUGUGGGGGGCGCUCUCCUCUCCUCCGAGCACCCCUCGCUCCCCGGGAGGAACGGGCUCGGACCCCCACAGGGACAGGCCGCUGGUCCUGGGUGGGCCAGGGUGGCGCGCUGGCAGCCGUUGGACGAGACCCAGAAGGAAGAGCCGGCAGCAAAGGAUUGUGGAACAGCACCGCUUAGGGAUAUGUUGCAAGGGUCUCGGAUUGUAGGGGGCUCAGAUGCUCAAGAUGGUGCAUGGCCAUGGAUAGUUAGUCUACAGAUUCGAUAUGGCCGUUUUCUUGCUCAUAUAUGUGCAGGAAGCCUAGUGAAAGACAGGUGGGUUCUCACAGCUGCCCACUGCACUAGAGACGCUAGAGAUCCUUUACAGUGGAGAGCUGUGAUGGGAACCAAUACAGUAAAUAUGAGUCAAGCAUACACCAAGAGGAUAAAAGUUAAAGCAAUCAGUAUUCAUCCAGACUUCAUUAUGGAAACUUAUGAAAAUGAUAUUGCACUUUUUUAUUUAAAAAAACCUGUGAUGUUUAAUGACUAUAUACAGCCUAUUUGUCUACCUUUUGAUGUUUUCCAAAACCUGGAUGAAAACACAAAGUGUUUUAUAAGUGGCUGGGGAAGAACAAAAGAAGAAGGUAAUGGUACAAAUACUUUACAGGAAGCAGAAGUACAUUAUAUUUCUCGAACAAUUUGUAAUUCUGAGUGGAGUUAUCGGGGAGUAAUUCCUAACACUUCAUUUUGUGCAGGUGAUGAAAAUGGAAGCUUUGAUACAUGCAGGGGUGACAGUGGUGGACCAUUAAUGUGCUACUUACCGGAACAUAAACAAUUUUUUGUGAUGGGAAUUACCAGUUAUGGACAUGGCUGUGGUCGAAAACAUUUUCCUGGUGUCUACAGUGGACCAUCCUUCUUCCAAAAGUGGCUAACAGAUCAUUUCUCCCAGGGAAGCACUAAAUGCAUAUUUGAUGUACAUAUUUUAAUUGGAGAGAUCCUCAUAGCUUUAGGUUCUAGCAUCUUACUAGCAACAAUAUAAAGAAAUUCUGAAGACUUUACCAUCUUUAUUUUGCAUUGUGUCCUGUUUUAUUUUCUACAUAAUGAAAACAAUUUUUU